AUGCAAGAACACGAACGAGCUUUUAAAGAAGGCUUAUUCAACGAAGAGUUGGCUCAAAAUGAUGAUAUAACAAAAGAGUUUCAGAUAGAAGAUUUCGAGAAAAGCAAAUCUGCUUCUUCAGAAGAGGAAGACGAGGAUAGUUCUUUUGAAGAUCGUGAGUUUUUUUAG